UCCCGUUGAAAAAACACAAACAUUGGCAGCAGCGACUCUGCAGGAACGACGGGUGUUGGGGACCGUCGCGCGAGUACCCGGGGAACACUACUGUCCACUGUGUGCCGCGUGUGUCCUGGCGGGGACACACGACAGGCAGUGUGUGUGUGUGUGUGUCAUCUCCGUGCAAGGACGGGCGGCAGACUCACCACCACACACCCACAGCCUCCUGCCAGACUUCUAUAGUAUGACAGCCAAGUUCCCUGACCACCAUGACAGCCUGAACAAGGCCUAGCGGGGCAUGCCUAAGCCUAGGGAUGACGGAAGACACGCCCCAGAGGAAGACGUCAGCCAGGAAUCCCCGCGCGGUCAGCCUCUUGCUGGGGGUGCGGCAGCGGCAGCAACCGAUGGCAAGUCUGGAGAAGCAGGGUGAGAUGAAGGUGUGGCCAGGCCUGUACACACACCUCACCUCCCAGCUGAUGGCCCUGGCACGGGGCAAGGUGGUGCUGGUGCUGGAGGUGUGGCCAGGCCUGUACACACACCUCACCUCCCAGCUGAUGGCCCUGGCACGGGGCAAGGUGGUGCUGGUGCUGGAGGUGUGGCCAGGCCUGUACACACACCUCACCUCCCAGCUGAUGGCCCUGGUGUGGGGCAAGGUGGUGCUGGUGCUGGAGGUGACCAGUCUGACCUCACCCAAACAUUGUGGCAGGGACUGA